CUUGGUGUAGCUGCUCUUGUCAUCUUUUUCGUUGUUCGAUACCUUAACUCGUCUGAUAUCCCAAAGAUCAAGAAUCUUCCCGAGAUACCUGGCGUUCCUCUCUUUGGCAAUCUGCUCCAACUGGGUACUGAUCAUGCUCUCGUUGCUCAGAAGUGGGCGAAACAGUAUGGGCCGCGUAUUGUGUUCGCCAACACAUUCGACUCGGUCAAGCACCUUUGGGUCACAAACCAGUCAGCAUUGAUCUCUCGACCCACCCUACACACUUUCCAUACUGUGGUCUCAUCAUCUAGUGGAUUCACCAUCGGCACCUCUCCAUGGGACCCCAGUUGCAAGGAGCGAAGAAAGGCGGCAGCGACUGCUCUCAACCGUCCAGCAGUGCAAAGCUACAUGCCCUUCAUCGACUUCGAAGCCACAAGAUCCAUCAAGGAAAUGCUUGCAGACUCCAAGGACGGCACUUUCGACGUUGACCCGAAUCCUUACUUCCAGCGAUACGCCUUGAGCACGAGUCUUACUCUCAACUAUGGCAUCAAGAUCGAAGGCAGCAUUGACAACGAGAUGCUCAAAGAAAUCACUCACGUGGAGCGUGAAAUCAGCAACUUCAGAUCCACAUCAAACAACUGGCAGGAUUAUAUUCCACUCAUGCGAUUGUGGCCAUCGAACAACCUGAAGCCACUCGAGUACAAGAAACGUAGAACAGCAUACAUGACCAAAUUGUUGAACAUGCUGAAGGAGAAGAUCCAGGCUGGUACCGACAGACCAUGCAUCACUGGCAACAUCCUCAAGGAUCCGGAGGCGAAGCUGAACGAUGCCGAGAUCAUGUCCAUCUGCUUGACCAUGGUGAGCGCCGGAUUGGACACUGUUCCAGGCAAUCUGGUCAUGUGUUUGGCAUAUUUGUCGUCCGAGCAUGGCCAGAAAAUCCAGCAAACAGCUCUUGAUGAGAUCAACAAGAUUUAUCCGGAUGGCGAUGCUUGGGAGAAAUGCCUGAGCGAAGAAAAGGUCCCGUACAUCACAGCUCUCGUCAAGGAGACUCUACGUUUCUGGUCAGUCAUCCCGAUCUGCUUGCCACGAGUAAGCAUCAAGGAUAUCGAAUGGCAAGGAGCCGUGAUUCCUGCUGGUACCACAUUCUACAUGAACGCGUACGCAGCCAACUACGACGAGUCGCAUUUCAAGGAUCCGCUCAAGUUCGAGCCUGAACGAUACCUGGACAAGGAAAUGUCAGGGAUUGAACACUUUGGCUAUGGAGCCGGCAGCCGAAUGUGUGCUGGCAGCCAUUUGGGCAACCGUGAGCUGUAUACUGCAUUCUUGAGGCUCAUCACAGCGUUCCAAUUCGUGGCACCGAGAGAUGCUAGAGACAAGCCUAUUCUCGAUGCGAUGGGCGCAAAUGCCCUUCCCACUAGUCUGACCAUGGAACCGAAGCCGUUCAAGGUCGGACUUCGUGUACGAAACAGGCAGCAGCUCGACAAGUGGAUCAAGGAGAGCGAGGACAGAACAGCAGACCUU